AUGCAGCAGGAGGCAGAGUCCGUUUGCCGGAAACUUCUUUCCGGCCUUUCGGUCAAUGCCACUCGGAGGUCCGGCCUCUUGCUCUGUCUCCGGCAGGUGGACCCCAGGGGCUUCUACGACACCUGCAUGUACCUGCACUGCAGCGGAGCUGGGCUUGGUGCCGUCUGCGAGACCUUUGCCAGCUACGCCCGCGAGUGUGCCCAGAGGAGCGUCUUCGUCAGCUGGAGGCGGGCUGGAUUCUGUGAAAAGUCGUGCGGGCAAGGAAAGCACUACUCCGACUGCGUCUCCUCGUGCCCUGCCAGCUGUGCUGCGGUGGGCGCAGCCGAGGAAGGGCACUGCCGGGACGAGUGCGUGAGCGGCUGCGAGUGCCCGGCCGGCCUCUACCUGGAAGGGGGGGCCUGCGUCCCGGAGAGCCAGUGUCCCUGCUUCCACCGGCGCCAGAAGUUCGCCCCGGGAGAUGUCCUCCAGCAGCGAUGCAACCGUUGCACGUGCCAAGGAGGCCUCUGGCUUUGCUCCCGGGACCAGUGCUCUGGGGAAUGUGCCAUAACCGGUGACCCUCACUACCUGACUUUUGACCGCAAGCGCUUCUCCUUCCACGGCACAUGCCAGUAUAUCCUAGUGCAGGAUUAUGUGGAUGGGAAGCUCCACAUUUCCUCAGAGAAUGUGGCAUGUGGGAGUCGAGGGACCAGCAGCUGCCUCCACUCUGUGACCGUCACUGUGCAGAAGGUCUCUGCCCGCCUGUCCUUCACAGGGGAGCUGUCAGUGAACGGCCAAGAAGUCUCCCUCCCUUUUGCCAGCGCUGACCUGACGGUGCGCCUCGCCUCCUCCUCCUUCCUGCUUCUCCAGGCCUUUGGGGCUCACUUGCUGUGGGGCCUGGAGUUUCCGGCAGUCUACAUCACCCUCCAGCCUAGCUUUGCCAACAAGGUCCGAGGCCUUUGCGGCACCUACAACUGGAACCAGCAGGACGAGUUCACCACGCCGGAGGGAGACGUGGAGUCCAGCGCCUCCGCUUUUGCCAGCAGGUUCCGCAUCUCGCACGACUGCCCCUCCUUCGGCGCGUUCCCUUUUGACCCCUGCAGCAUGUACGCCCAGCGGAGGCAGUUUGCAGAGGCGGCUUGCGAGGUCCUCCACAGCCCCCCCUUCCAGGCCUGUCACGAUGUGGUGGAGCGGGACCCAUUCUACCAGCUCUGCCUCUACGACGUGUGUGGUUGUUCUGCUGGCAAAGACUGCUUGUGUGGCGCUGUGGCCGCCUACGCCAGGCAGUGCGCCCAGGAGGGAGCCCCAGUCACCUGGAGGAACCAGACCUUCUGCCCUGCGCCGUGUUCUGGGGGCAAGUCUAUCAGGAAUGUGCACCCCCCUGCAGAACGACCUGCGCUGACCUGCGCUUGGGCCCCUGCCAGGAUCUGGACCACGUCUGCAUGGCCGGCUGCAACUGCCCAGAGGGGACUGUGCUGGACGACGGCGGGCAGUGCGUCCAGCCUGCCAUGUGCGCCUUUCCUGUCCUCCGGAGCAGAGAGCUCGUCCGCCUUGCCACCCCCUCCACUGGAGCAUCAGGGACAGGCUGGCCGGCCCAGACUCCACAAGCGGCCCCCUCCCUCCCAAGAGAUGCAGGAGGCAGCGCGUCCCCCCAGACCUCGCCACAGGUUGGUCCUGGGCACCUUGGCAUGGCUCUGCCUCUGGGAGACUCUGGCGCUGGAUGACGGGUAA